AUGGAGAGCUCGUCUCUCGAUCCGCUCGCCAGGCCUGGCAUCCUAUUCCGCAUCCUCUCAGAAUUGGGCCUCGUGUCUCUCUUCCACAGCCCUGUCGACGUCAAGCUGCUCUGUCUGCAGCGUUUUGUGCGCCUUUUUGCCUAUGGAGGAUCUACGCUCGUCUUGGUGCCGUACCUGCAGGCUCUGGGCAUCUCCAAGACCAACAUUGGCUUGUUCAUGACCCUGACCUUGGUUGGCGAUGUCUGCAUCAGCUUCAUCCUCACGAUUGUGGCAGACGGACUGGGCAGGAAAGCCGUUUUGUCCAUGGGCGCUUUGAUGAUGGUGGGUAGCGGCAUCGCCUUUGCCCUCUGCCAGAACUAUUGGAUAUUACUUGCAGCAGCCAUCUUUGGCGUUAUCAGUCCGAGUGGCAAUGAGAUUGGCCCCUUCCGAGCCAUAGAAGAGAGCGUGGUUGCGCAUCUGACGGAGCCGGCUUCCAGAAGCGAUGUCUAUGCAUGGUAUAGCCUGCUUGGCCAGGCUGGAGUAGCCUGUGGGCUCAUGACUUGCGGAUGGGUUAUUCAAUACGUUUCCACCAGCCUCCAGUGGGAGCAUGUGGACGCCUAUCGACUCGCUUUUCUCGGCUAUGCUGCUACUGGCCUCCUCAAGAUGACGCUGACUCUGCUCCUGAGCAGCGCUGUCGAGGCCGAUGGGAAAGCGUCUGCCGCUAAGACGACGGCUAUAUCCAACCAGGUUGGCGACACAGAGACAGAAACAUCGCCCCUUUUGGGCAGUGCCAAUGCCAAUGGAUCCUUGCAAGCAACCGAACAACAAAACGGCCGCGGCCGGCUUUCGAGCCUUCUUCCCGACAUCAGCAAGGAAGGUUAUGCCAUAAUGACGAGUCUAUGUUUCUUCUUUGCCAUAGAUUGUUUGGCUUCUGGUAUCAUAAGCAUGUCUUGGAUCACGUACUUCUUCCGCUGGCGCUAUGGCAUCAAGGAGGGCACCCUAGGAUCCAUCUUUUUCGUGACGAGCCUCACUUCAGCUUGUUCCAUGCUGGUCGCCUCUUCCUUAGCCAAGCGAUUUGGCAACAUCAAGACCAUGGUCUUCACCCACCUUCCUUCGUCGAUAUUCCUUAGUCUCAUUCCCGCCUUUUCCGACGUGCGCCUCUCCCUGCUUUUCCUAUGGCUUCGUUCCUCCACCGCCAGCAUGGAUGUCGCUCCCCGGGCGGCUUUCCUGGCCGCUAUCAUCAAGCCAAGCGAACGGACGGCCAUCAUGGGCAUCAUCAAUGUGUGCAAGACGGUUGGCACCAGCUUGGGUCCCUUUUUGACAGGCACACUGGCCGACCACGGCUUGUUCUGGGUAGCGUUCGUCACAGCCGGAUGUCUCAAGGUUGGGUACGAUCUGGGCAUACUGGCAGUCUUUAAGAACCACGAGAGGCACGCAGCUGAACGAGAGAGUGGACGUGCGGAGACAAGUGGUACUGCGUAA